UCAGCCUGUCAGUAACUGUGUCCUUGGCCUGUGCAGCCUCCAGGAUGCGGCCUGUGCUGACCCAGCCGGCUGCCGUGUUAGUGCGGCCAGGGCAGACAGCCCGGCUCUCCUGCACCCUGCACCCACAGUACAACAUCAGCCAGAUCGGCAUCUCCUGGUACCAGCAGCGCCCAGGGCACUCCCUGAAGUACCUGCUCUAUUACAACUCGGAGUGGGACAAACACAAGUCCCCUGAGGUUCCCAAUCGCUUCUCUGCCACUAAAGACCUCGCCAGCAACACCUGUAUCCUUAUUAUUAUGGACGUCCAGGAUGAAGACAACGGCAACUAUUACUGCGCGCUGUCUCGCUUCAUCAGGUCUUUGUAG